GCAAAUCAAGUGCAAAAGUUUUGAAUUAAGUCAUAGAUCCGAAUUUAAUAAUCACAAUUAAACGUUUUCGUUUAAAGAAACUUGUGUAAACCAAGGAAAUGAAUUACAGACAAUUUUUAUUCUGUUUUUUAAUAUGCCUGGCUUUGCUUAAGGAAGUUAAAUGCUUACACAAAAGAUGUGUCAAAUGUCGGUCAAGAGGAGAGUUAGGCAGCUGUGGAGACCCGGUUGUAGUGAACGCAACAGAUCCGUACUCACAACUUGGCAUACAUGUCGUGGCCUGCCCCUCGGGCUGGUGCGGGAAAAUGAUAGAAGGCAAUGAAGGAGCAUUUCGGACAGAUGAUUACGGGUCAGCGACAGAGAGGAUGUGCCUCCAGCGGCCUCCGAGCGACUACGAGGAGCGCUGCGCGUACACCUUGUGGAACUACAAGAAGGUCUACAUGUGCUUCUGUAACGGUGACCUGUGCAACUCUGCUUUUAGAACAAACAUAUCCUAUUGUAGUAUUAUCAUUGCUGUUUUUGUGACUAUAUUUAGUAUGUAGUGAAAUUUUGUGUCUGCCUCAGACAAGUUGUUCUAGUUGGUUAGUUGUCAAUCAGCCGCUAAA